AUGGCAGGCGCCGGGGAGCGCAAAGGCAAGAAGGAUGACAACGGAAUCGGCACGGCCAUCGACUUCGUGCUGUCCAAUGCCCGGCUGGUGCUGGGGGUGGGUGGAGCGGCCAUGCUGGGCAUCGCCACGCUGGCGGUGAAGCGGAUGUACGACCGGGCCAUCAGCGCCCCUACCAGCCCUACCCGCCUGAGCCACUCAGGAAAGAGGAGCUGGGAAGAACCGACCUGGAUGGGGUCCCCGCGCUUGCUGAACAGGGACAUGAAGACGGGCCUGAGCCGCUCCCUGCAGACCCUCCCCACAGACGCCUCGGCCUUCGACACAGAUACAUUCUGCCCACCCCGGCCUAAGCCGUUGGCCAGGAAGGGCCAGGUAGACUUGAAGAAGUCACGACUCCGCAUGUCCCUGCAGGAGAAACUCCUUUCUUACUACCGGAACCGGGCAGCCAUCCCUGCUGGCGAGCAGGCACGGGCCAAGCAAGCUGCCGUGGACAUAUGCGCCGAGCUGCGGGGCUUCCUGCGGGCCAAGUUGCCUGACAUGCCACUUCGGGACAUGUACCUGAGUGGCAGCCUCUACGACGACCUGCAGGUGGUGACAGCCGACCACAUCCAGCUCAUCGUGCCCCUCGUGCUGGAGCAGAACCUGUGGUCGUGCAUCCCUGGCGAGGACACCAUCAUGAAUGUCCCCGGCUUCUGCCUCGUGCGCCGUGAGAACCCGGAGUACUUUCCUCGCGGCAGUAGUUACUGGGACCGGUGCGUCGUGGGGGGCUACCUCUCCCCAAAGGCAGUGGCCGACACGUUUGAGAAGGUAGUGGCCGGCUCCAUCAACUGGCCGGCCAUAGGGUCCCUCUUGGACUAUGUGAUCCGGCCGGCUCCACCUCCAGAGGCCCUGACGCUGGAGGUGCAGUACGAGCGUGACAAGCAUCUCGUCAUUGACUUCCUGCCAUCUGUGACCCUUGGCGACACCGUUCUGGUGGCCAGGCCACACCGGCUAGCCCAGCACGACAACCUGUGGCGGCUGAGCCUCCGUCCCGCCGAGACGGCGCGCUUGAGAGCUCUGGACCAGGCCGACGCGGGCUGCCGGGCCCUGUGCCUGAAGAUUCUCAAGGCCAUAUGCAAGUCCACGCCCGCGCUGGGCCGCCUCACUGCCAGCCAGCUCACCAACGUCAUCCUCCACCUGGCCCAGGAGGAGGCCGACUGGUCUCCAGGUGUGCUGGCCGACCGCUUCCUGCAGGCGCUCAGGGGACUGAUCAGCUACCUGGAGGCCGGGGUCCUGCCCAGUGCCCUCAACCCCAAGGUGAACUUGUUCGCGGAGCUCACCCCUGAAGAAAUAGACGAAUUGGGAUACACUCUCUAUUGCUCCUUGUCUGAGCCAGAGGUGCUGCUGCAGACGUAGGGCGGCGAAGGCCAAGGCAGGUGUCGGGCGGCCAGGCCCUGGCUGUCCCGUGCUUGGCUGCGUAGCUGGUACCUCGCCGGGCCCCCUGGUGCCUCCUGGCCACUUCACGCUGAUGGGAAUGCCAUCUCUGGUCUCCUAGUUCCAAUCCUACCCUUUCUAUUUUUGUUACCAAACACUGUGCUCCCUGCUCCCCCCUUGCUGCAGGCAGAUCUUUCUGGAAUGAAUUGAGAGGUAGAAGGCUGGCCUGAGCUGUUGAGACCGCGGUGUUCUGUAUGUGGGUCCAGGAGUCCUGUGCGGUCUGCCCUGCCCUGCCCUGGGUCCAGGAGUCCUGUGUGGUCUGCCCUGCCCUGCCCUGGGUCCAGGAGUCCUGUGUGGUCUGCCCUGCCCUGCGGCCUUUCCUGCUGGGUGUCCUGUCUCGUUCAUGCCUUUUGUUUCUGGUUGCUGACGCGUGUCCCGAUCCAGACACCGCCUGCUGUUAGCUGUGGCUGUUUCCGAGCUGCGCUCCGCGGAGCAGGUGCUAGUGCAGUCUGGGGUCUCUGGGGGUGAGGCUGGUGGAGAGUUGAACCUUGGUUCCUGGACAGGCCCAUCCCCCCGGCUCCCGAGCACUUCUGAUCCUGCGGGCGCUGAGAACGGCUCGCCUGGGGCACCAUGCUGACCCGUAGGAGACACUGAGUGCAGUUACUUGCGAGAUGGUGCUUCUUAGCGGCCUUGCGUGAGGAGGCGGUGGAGGGUAGUGCCUCUUGUGCGUGUGUCGUCCGUGGCUGCAGGAGUCGCCCGGUCCCAGAAGGGCAGCAGGCAGCUCCUCACCUUGAAUGCUGUCCUUUGUCCCUUCCCUUGCUUUAUUGCCAAUUAGGACAAGGCCUUACAGGCACCCCACCGGAGAGCCGGGGGAGAUGGACGGGAGGCUGAACGUCAGCCGGAAGGGGCAGGCCCCGCUGGGCUCGGGACAGGCUUCCUCCUGCUCGGCCUGCUUUUGUAGGAUGUUGCCUUAGAGAGUGGCCCGCACGUCUUCCCCAGUGUCUGCUGUGGGAACCAGAAGUGGGGGCAGAGGCCGAGGGCAGGCCAACAGGACUUGCACAGCUGCCUCUGUCCCUGUGCCCACCCUGGGGAGAUGGCGCUCCCUGGAGGACAGCACGCGAGAGGUGGGCACGUGCACGUCCUGCUUUCCCGCUGCAGCCGUGCCAUCUCCGACGUGGGGACGUGGCGGACACUCCGUGCCAGCACCCCCUCGUUCCGCGGUUUUUUUCCCGUUUGUUGGCAAGAGGCGAUUUCAUUUCUGCUCUGCCCGUUCAGUGUUCUGCUUCCUGCCUGUCGUCAUGAGACGGCAGCUGUCCCUUCCUUCCCAGGGACGGCGCCGGCACCUCAGCUGCUCUGACUGCGGGGGGAGGUGCCGAGCUGCUGUGUCCUAGGUCGGGAGGGGGACCUCCUCUGUAGGGUCCGCUGUUCUCCCGCGUGUAGGCAGGGUCCCUGCGGGUGGCUCUGCUGUUUGGUUUGUGUGAAGCCCUGAGCGGAUGAAACACCCAAAGCCAAGAUCCUGUCUCACCUGGCUGGCAUCGGACUCCAGCACACGGACCCGUCCCUGAGGUUCAGGGCCCAGUCUGGUGUCCACGACGGGGAGGGGGUCCCUGGAGAGGCCACACAUUGCUGUGUGUGGACGUGGUGUUGAGAUGAAGGAUCUGGGUUGCCUGCCACGAGCACCCUCAAACACGCAGGUUCCUGGGCCGGCCUUCUGACCCAGUCCAUGUAAUACAGACACUGGACAGCGCUCCACAGAGAAGCGAUUUGUGGAGGCCCACCAAGACCGUAAGGAGGCCACGUGGUCAGACCACACGGAGCUGAUUCAGGGAGGGGAUGCGUGUGUCCCGAGAGGACCUCUGGACUCCCACGAAGCCUAACCGUUCCUUUGCCAUCUUGUCAGCAGGAGCUUUGUGGGUGUCCUGGGUCCUGGCGCGUGGCGGCUCUCGGCCGUCCCAGUGGGCAGUGGGCCGGGACCGGGCAGGCCCUGCUCUUGGCUGUGGGGGCCGGCCAGGUGCCCUGAGCUGCCUGGGGGGGAGGAGGGCCUGGUGCUCUGAGCUGCCAGGGGGCGGAGGGCCGGGGCUGCCUUUGGGGGGAGGUGCUGUGACGCGUGCCCCCACGUUGCCUUUGUGGUGGCGCCCACGUCUUCCUGAAGUGACCGCGUCUGCUGCUCCUCCAGCCCGGCGUGUGUGCACCACGGGUGAGCGACCCGCAGACUCGGCCUGCCGCCCGAAAAGCACAUUUAUCGCUACCUUGAAGACCUCAUCGAUUCCAAGUUUAGUUUCCUUCUCUCCUGGCACUCUUCCCACAAAAUGAGUUGAAGACAACAGUAUUUUUCUCGAUUUGCCUGGUUGUGACUUUUUAAAAAUAAAAGAAAGGAAAGACGUG